GACAUAGGCUGGAGGCUGGCAGGAGGGGAGUAGAGGUGGGAGGAGGGGAGUCCAUCUGCAGCACCAGGGAAGGGAUGGAUGCUGGCUCCUCUGGUCACCUCAGCUGGAACACUACUCAAGGUCCCUGGCUCCUGUCCUCCAACUGGGGGUCCUGCAUUCCCAUCCCCAGAGGCCUCCACUCCCCCUGAGCCCUGCAGUCUCUCACUCACUCACAGGGUUUUGAGUUGGAUAACACAGUGUAAUGAUCAAGAAGUGGACUCCCAAACCGAGAACACGGAGCUGUCCCCUUGGGCAGAGGCUCAGGGCUCGGGGCAGUGGAGAAGUCCAGCUGAGGGCACAGUGGCUUGAGCUGCUCUCAGUUCAGCUAGAGGCUUUGGUAGCUGUGCUGUGAUGAGAGUUCACUCCCUGCUGCUCUCUUCUGGCAUGGAGAGAUGAACCUGUAAUCCAAGUGUUAAAACCGUGCCCCGGGGGAAAACACUAUUAAUUCUGAAUCAUCUCUUUUGUUGCAUUAAAAAAAAUAGAAGAGAAAAACUUCACACGAGCCACUCAAGGUGUGCAGGCAGCUGUGUUUGUCAGGAAGGCAGAAGGAGUUGGCUUUGCUUUGGGGGAGGAGACGAGGUCCCACAGCACCCUCUGAGGGGAAUAUAAGGAGCCCCAGAGUGCAGCCUGGCCUGGUACCUCCUGCCAGCGUCUCUUGGGUUUGCUGAGAACUCACGGGCUCCAGCUACCUGACGAUGACCACCACAUUUCUGCAAACUUCUUCCUCCACUUUUGGGGGUGGCUCUACCCGAGGGGGUUCCCUUCUGGCUGGGGGAGGUGGCUUUGGUGGGGGUAGUCUCUAUGGGGGAGGUGGAAGCCGAAAUAUCUCAGCUUCUUCUGCUAGGUUUGUGUCUUCAGGGUCAGGAGGGGGCUACGGGGGUGGCAUGAGGGUCUGUGGCUUUGGUGGAGGGGCUGGCAGUGCUUUUGGUGGAGGCUUUGGAGGGGGCAUUGGUGGGGGUUUUGGUGGUGGCUUUGGUGGUGGCGAUGGUGGUCUCCUCUCUGGCAAUGAGAAAAUUACCAUGCAGAACCUCAAUGACCGCCUGGCCUCCUACCUGGACAAGGUACGUGCCCUAGAAGAGGCCAAUGCUGACCUGGAGGUGAAGAUCCGUGACUGGUACCAGAAGCAGGCCCCGACCAGCCCGGAACGCGACUACAGCCAAUACUUCAAGACCACUGAAGAGCUCCGGGACAAGAUCACGGCCACCACCAUCGACAACUCCCGGGUCAUCCUGGAGAUCGACAACGCCAGGCUGGCUGCAGACGACUUCAGGCUCAAGUAUGAGAACGAGCUGGCCCUGCGCCAGAGCGUCGAGGCUGACAUCAACGGCCUGCGCCGAGUCCUGGAUGAGCUGACCCUGGCCAAGACUGACCUGGAGAUGCAGAUCGAGGGCCUGAAUGAGGAGCUGGCCUACCUGAAGAAGAACCACGAGGAGGAGAUGAAGGAGUUCGGCAGCCAGCUGGCCGGCCAGGUCAAUGUGGAGAUGGACGCAGCACCGGGCGUGGACCUGACCCGCGUGCUGGCAGAGAUGAGGGAGCAGUACGAGGCCAUGGCGGAGAAGAACCGCCGGGAUGCUGAGGCCUGGUUCUUCAGCAAGACUGAGGAGCUGAACAAAGAGGUGGCCUCCAACACAGAAAUGAUCCAGACCAGCAAGACGGAGAUCACAGACCUGAGACGCACGAUGCAGGAGCUGGAGAUAGAGCUUCAGUCCCAGCUCAGCAUGAAAGCUGGGCUGGAGAACUCGCUGGCUGAGACAGAGUGCCGCUAUGCCACGCAGCUGCAGCAGAUCCAGGGGCUCAUCGGUGGCCUGGAGGCCCAGCUGAGUGAGCUCCGAUGCGAGAUGGAGGCUCAGAACCAGGAGUACAAGAUGCUGCUUGACAUAAAGACGCGGCUGGAGCAGGAGAUUGCCACCUACCGCAGCCUGCUGGAGGGCCAGGAUGCCAAGAUGGCUGACAUUGGCAUCAGGGAAGCCUCUUCUGGAGGUGGUGGUAGCAGCAGCAAUUUCCGCAUCAACGUAGAGGAGUCAGUGGAUGGAAAGGUGGUUUCUUCCCGCAAGAGAGAAAUCUAAGUGCCCAUUGCAGGAGAAACAUCCCUUGCCACUCCCCACUCUCAUCAGGCCAAGUGGAGGACUGGCCAGGGGGCCUGAACGUGCAAACUCCAGUCCCCGCCUUCAGAGAGCUGAAAAGGGUCCCUCGGUCUUUUAUUUCAGGGCUUUGCAUGCGCUCUGUUCCCCCUCUACCUCUCCCCGCCUUCUUUAGAGCAAGGAGGUGCAGAAGCAGCUGCGUUGUGUAACAAGCUCAUUUGUAUGGUGUCUGUUCAUGCAAUAAAGAAUUACUUUUCCUUUUGCAAAUA